AUGGUAGUGACAGGUGAUGACACUGGUGAAAUUAGAAGAUUGAAAGAUCAGUUGUCUUUUGAAUUCGAGAUGAAGGACCUAGGGAAUUUAAAGUAUUUCUUAGGAAUUGAGGUAGCCAGGAACAAGGACUGUAUCAUGCUGAGUCAAAGAAAAUAUGUUCUGGAUUUGCUAGCAGAGACUGGUAUGCUUGAUUGUAAACCAGUUGAUACACCGAUAGAACAGAACCAUCGGAUUGCAGAGUAUCCUUAUCAAGUUCCGACUGACAAAUCUCGAUAUCAAAGGUUAGUUGGAAGAUUAAUUUACUUGUCGCAUACUAGACCUGAACUUGCUUAUACGGUUAGUGUGGUGAGUCAGUAUAUGCACAAUCCUAGUGAAGAUCACAUGAAUGCUGUGAUGAGAAUCUUGAGAUACUUAAAGUCUACUCCUGGAAAAGGCCUGGUCUUUCGUAAGCAUGGACAGUUGAGGACUAGUGGUUACACUGAUGCGGACUGGGCAGGGAACAUCACUGACAAGCGUUCUACUUCUGGCUAUUUUACGUUUGUUGGUGGAAACUUAAUCACUUGGAGAAGGAAGAAACAUAAUGUGGUGGCCCGUUUUAGUGCAGAAGCUAAUUAA